UUGCCUUCAAACGAAUUCAGGUUUCUCAUCUUUGCCUUUCGUUCUUCCGCAUUUUUCAAGCUCUUUUGCGCACUUUGUUAUCGUCAUCCGUGUUUAGCCGACCUCGCUGAACUCUCAUUCCUUGUCGUUGCGAAAGCCGAACGCUUUGGCCUCUCGGUCUUUUCUGUUCGCGAAUGGGAACAAUGCCAGAAAAUAUCUUGAACAACAUCGUGGAGUCACUGGCGGAGAGCAUUCCGAAGCAAGAUGCUGCUGCACUAUUUCAGGAGGAGAACCCACACUCAGCGGCUCCUUUGUAUAAUAGGCUCUUAAACCGCCAGAAGACGGUUCAUCAUGUUUUGGGCGGUGGAAAAUCUGCUGAUGUGUUGCUAUGGAGGAACAAGAAAAUCUCUGGCAGCGUCUUAGCCGGUGCAACUGCCAUCUGGGUGCUUUUCGAAUGGCUUAACUACCAUUUCUUGACACUCCUCUUCAUUGCCCUGGUUUUGGUCAUGCUUGCUCAGUUUGUUUGGUCGAGUGCUUCUGGCUUCUUUAGUAGGUCAUCAUCACAAGUCCCUCGUCUGAAACUACCUGAAGAGUUAUUUGUCAACGUUGGCAUGGUUGUUGGAUCUGAGGUAAACAAAGCUUUGGGGUUUCUUCAGGAUGUCGCUUUGAGCAGAGACUUGAAGCAAUUUCUUGUGGUCGUUGCUAGUUUGUGGGCUGCUGCUAUUAUAGGUAGCUGGUGCAAUUUUCUGACAGUCUUAUACGUGGGUUUUGUUGCCGUGCAUACCUUGCCCGUUCUUUAUGAGCGAUAUGAAGACCAAGUUGACAGCUUUGCGUGCCAGCUCCUUGGACAGUUUCGAAAUCACUACCAGAAACUGGAUGCAGGAAUCUUUAGCAAGAUUGCUGAGGCAAAGCUCAAUGCCAAAAAGCAUGAAUAGAUUCACACCAUUGGAAGUUUAUGACCCAUUUGCGUACCUUAUUCAUUCGUUUUUGGGGAUUGGGCAUUUACUGCCAUUCCUAUUGUGUUCUUUAAUGCGUCUGUGCUAAAUCAACAAUUAGAUCAUGUAUUUCAAAAAUCAUACAGCAGAUGUUACACUGCUCAGAAAUUCAGCAUUCAAAAAAUGGCCUAGUUGUUAAGUUGAUACUUCUUUCCUAAUGGAAGUUGCUGUAUUCUUUUGUUUCCACAGUUGAAGAUGAUCUCCCUCGACUUAUUAGCUUAA